AUGAAUAACAUCUGUGAGGCCUGGGAGGAGCUCUUCUGUGAGGCCUGGGUAGAGGAGGCAUGCCGGCCUGGGCAGCCACCCAUGGACACCCCACUCACCCCUAGCACCAUGCUUACUGCAGAGAUCUCUGGGAACACGGAGGACAUUCCCUUGGUGCGUUGGAGGCAGCAGUGGCUGGAAAAUGGUACUUUGCUUUUCCAUAUCCACCACCAAGAUGGUGCCCCCAGUCUUCCUGGCUUGGACCCCACUGAAGAACCCCAGACAGAGUCAGCGGAAGAAGAGCUAAGGAUCCUCCACAUCUCAGUCAUGGGGGGAAUGAUUGCCUUGCUGCUGUCUAUCCUGUGCCUGGUGUUGAUCCUCUACACCCGUCGGCGAUGGUGCAAACGGCGUCGGGUGCCGCAGCCCCAGAAGAGUGCCAGCGCCGAAGCAGCCAAUGAAAUCCACUACAUCCCCUCUGUCUUGAUUGGGGGCCAUGGGCGUGAGAGCCUGCGCAAUGCCCGUGUGCAGGGGCAUAACUCCAGUGGCACCCUGAGCAUCCGUGAGACGCCCAUCCUGGAUGGCUACGAAUACGACAUCACUGACCUGCGGCACCACCUGCAGCGGGAGUGCAUGAAUGGUGGUGAGGACUUUGCCAGUCAGGUCACCAGGACCUUGGACUCACUGCAGGGCUGUAAUGAGAAGUCCAGCAUGGAUCUCACACCAGGAAGCGACAAUGCCAAGCUGUCCUUGAUGAACAAGUACAAGGAUAACAUCAUUGCCACCAGCCCUGUGGACACCAAUCACCAGCAGGCCACCUUGUUGUCCCACACCUCUAGUAGCCAGCGGAAGCGGAUCAAUAACAAAACAAGAGCUGGCUCAGCUUUCCUAAAUCCUGAAGGGGAUUCUGGGACAGAGGCUGACAAUGACCCACAGCUGACGUUUUACACUGACCCAUCCCGGAGUCGACGACGCAGUAGAGUGGGCUCACCCAGGAGUCCUGUGAACAAGACCACUCUGACUUUGAUCAGUGUCACCAGCUGUGUGAUCAGCCUGGUGUGCUCGUCCCACAUGAGCUGCCCACUCAUUGUCAAGAUCACCCUGCAUGUUCCUGAGCACCUCAUUGCUGAUGGAAGCCGCUUUAUCCUGCUGGAGGGCAGCCAGCUAGAUGCCAGUGACUGGUUGAACCCAGCACAGGUUGUCCUCUUCUCCCAGCAGAACUCCAGCGGGCCCUGGGCAUUGGAUCUGUGUGCCCGACGACUUUUGGAUCCAUGUGAACACCAGUGUGACCCAGAAACUGGUGAGUGCCUUUGCUAUGAAGGUUACAUGAAGGACCCCGUGCACAAACAUCUCUGUAUCCGGAACGAGUGGGGCACAAACCAGGGGCCUUGGCCGUACACAAUAUUCCAGCGCGGAUUUGACUUGGUACUGGGAGAGCAGCCUUCUGAUAAGAUAUUUAGGUUCACGUACACCCUUGGGGAAGGGAUGUGGCUGCCUCUGAGCAAGAGCUUUGUGAUUCCACCUGCUGAACUGGCCAUCAACCCCUCUGCCAAGUGCAAAACGGACAUGACAGUGAUGGAGGAUGCAGUGGAGGUCAGGGAAGAACUGAUGACCUCCUCCUCCUUUGAUAGCCUGGAGGUUCUCCUGGAUUCGUUCGGACCAGUUCGGGAUUGCUCCAAGGACAAUGGUGGCUGCAGUAAGAAUUUCCGAUGCAUCUCAGACCGCAAAUUGGACUCCACCGGUUGUGUGUGCCCAACAGGACUCAGCCCGAUGAAGGAUGGCACCGGUUGCUAUGAUCGACACAUUGGGGUAGACUGUUCGGACGGCUUCAAUGGCGGCUGUGAGCAGUUAUGUCUCCAGCAGAUGGUGCCCCUGCCAGAAGACCCCACUCUAUACAAUAUCCUCAUGUUCUGUGGGUGCAUAGAAGACUACAAACUCGGAGUGGAUGGGCGAUCGUGUCAGCUGAUCUCGGAGUCCUGUCCAGAGGGGGGUGACUGUGGGGAGAGCCGAGAGCUGCCCAUGAAUCAGACUUUGUUUGGGGAAAUAUUUUAUGGAUACAACAACCACUCCAAGGAGGUGGCUUCUGGACAGGUGUUGAAAGGGACAUUCAGGCUGAACAACUUUGCCCGGGGCUUGGAGCAGCAGCUUCCAGAUGGCCUGGUGGUGGCUACUGUCCCAUUGGAGAACCAGUGCCAGGAGGAGUUGUCUGAGCCCACGCCUGAUCCAGACUUCCUGACUGGGAUGGUGAAUUUCAGCGAGGUGUCUGGAUACCCUUUGCUGCAACACUGGAAGGUUCGCUCGGUCAUGUACCACAUCCGCCUCAACCAGCUGACCAUCUCUCAGUCUUUCAGCAAUGCCCUCCAUUCUCUGGAUGGAGCCACUUCCCGAGGAGAUUUUGUGGCCCUCCUGGACCAUUUUGGUAAUCACUACAUCCAGGAGGCAGUCUAUGGCUUUGAGGAGUCCUGCUCCAUCUGGUAUCCCAACAAGCAGGUCCAGCGACAGCUCUGGCUAGAAUAUGAAGACAUCAGCAAAGGAAAUUCCCCCUCGGAUGAGUCGGAGGAGCGGGAACGGGACCCCAAGGUUCUCACCUUCCCCGAGUACGUUGCCAGCCUGUCGGAGUCGGGCACCAAGCGCAUGGCCGCCGGCGUCCGCAUGGAGUGUCAAAGCAGAGGCCGCUGCCCCUCAUCUUGCCCACUUUGCCACGUGACUGUGAGCCCAGACACACCGGCAGAGCCAAUUUUGCUGGAGGUCACCAAAGCAGCACCUAUCUAUGAGCUGGUCACCAACAACCAAACCCAGCGGCUGUUGCAGGAGGCCACCAUGAGCUCCCUCUGGUGCUCAGGGAGCGGGGAUGUCAUUGAGGACUGGUGUCGGUGCGACUCAAGCGCUUUUGGUUCUGAUGGACUCCCAACCUGUGCACCCCUCCCACACCCAGUCCUGAGGCUCUCCACAGUGCAUGAACCCAGCAGCACAUUGGUGGUGCUAGAAUGGGAACACUCAGAGCCACCGAUUGGAGUGCAGAUUGUCGAUUACCUCAUCCGCCAGGAGAAGGUCACCGACAGGAUGGAUCAUUCCAAAGUAGAGACCGACACAGUGUUGAGUUUUGUGGACGACAUCAUCUCCGGAGCCAAGUCCCCCUGUGCAAUGCCAGCACAAGUGCCUGACAAGCUGUCUUCUACCAUCUCCUUGAUUAUUCGCUGCCUGGAGCCUGACACCACUUACAUGUUCACACUUUGGGGAGUUGAUAACACAGGGAGACGUUCAAGGUCAAGUGAUGUGACGGUCAAGACCCCGUGCCCAGUAGUAGAUGAUGUGAAGGCUCAAGAAAUAGCAGACAAGAUCUACAAUCUUUUCAAUGGCUACACCAGUGGUAAAGAGCAACAAACAGCUUACAACACUCUGCUGGACCUGGGUUCACCCAGCCUGCACCGAGUCCUCUACCAUUACAACCAACAUUACGAGAGCUUUGGAGAGUUCACUUGGCGAUGUGAAGAUGAGCUAGGACCCAGGAAGGCUGGCCUCAUUCUCUCUCAGCUUGGGGACCUCAGCAGCUGGUGCAAUGGCCUCCUCCAGGAGCCCAAGAUCAGCCUCCAGCGCACGUCACUCAAAUACCUUGCCUGCCGCUACAGCGAGAUCAAGCUCUAUGGACUCAACUGGUCAGAGCUGAGCCGGGACCUGAAGAAGACAUGUGAAGAGCAAGCAUUAAGCGUCCUUUACAAUGACUAUGGUGACAAAGACUACUGAGGGUUUGAGGAGCUACUUACAACCCUUAAAGGAAGAAUAGAAAAAAGGCAGUUGUGGGGGAUUUAUAAAAGGACCUUCAGGGGGUCACUGCAAUCUCUAAGGACCUAAACCAGGGAGAGAACCUACUGCUUCUCGGCAGCACUUACCUGGUAUUAGACUCUUCUUCAACAUGGCCAAUAGCCUUUCUAGUUAGAGGUCUCAUGAGACCCAGGGUUGUUUUUUUGUUUGUUUGGUUGGUUCUGCUCAUUUUCCCCUUAGAGGUUCUUUGAACUUCAGGCAUGAACUUGCACUCUGGAAUGGAAAAUACAUUUUUAAAGGUUUGA